UUUUUCGCAUUCGGUAUCACUCCCUUUGCUUGGAGACAGAAAAACUCGAACUUUCUCUCUCAAAUGGGCCUUAACGUCCUCAAAACGACACCUUUUUCUUCUUCCUCUACCACAGCUCUACUCCUAAUCACCGCCAGUGCCACCGCUGCAAAACCCGCCUCAAAACCCGCCUCUUUCUCUAGAUUUCUCAACUCUUCUUUGGAAACUGCUUCUAAUUCUGUUCUUACUUGUAAAACCCGCUUGAGAUUUCCUUUUUCUUCGCCAAGGGCUAUUACUUGCCCCAUUUCUUCAUCUGGGUUCGGUAGCUUCCUUCACCAGAGCAAGCGUAGGUUUCGUGGUAGUGUUGUUGUGGCCAUGGCUGCUUCUGGGUCGGUCCAGAAAUCCGAGGAAGAGUGGCGUGCUAUUCUCUCCCCUGAGCAGUUUCAAAUUUUGAGACAAAAGGGCACUGAGUAUCCAGGCACUGGAGAAUAUGACAAGUUCUUUGGUGAGGGAGUCUAUAACUGUGCAGGAUGUGGGACUCCUCUCUACAUGUCUACUACAAAAUUUAAUUCUGGUUGUGGUUGGCCAGCUUUCUUUGAGGGUCUCCCUGGAGCCAUAAAUCGCAAUCCGGACCCAGAUGGGAUGAGGACUGAAAUCACUUGUGCAGCUUGUGGUGGGCAUUUGGGCCAUGUAUUUAAGGGUGAAGGGUUUCCAACGCCCACGGAUGAACGUCAUUGUGUCAAUAGCAUAUCACUCAAGUUUGUUCCUGCAAAUGCUUCGGAGUAAAUAUGUUAGUACAUAUUCAUUCUGUAUAGAACAUGGCCAUAAUGUGAUAUUAUGCUAACAAGAACUGAUGUAACUUCUGGAUCAAAUUCUACUUAAGGUUCUAUUGUAUUUGAUCUUCAUUUUUUUCUUGCAAUGUAUGCACAAUGUUUGGAGUUUCUUUGUGGAGUUGCAUAGGGAGUAUCUCAUUAUCCAAAGAAGCAGGAGAAACUGCUACCAAAAAAUAAUGCAAAGUGUACGGUAUAGAGUUCCUAUACAGUUUUUGGAAGCCGCAUGGCCCAUGUAUAUUUAUUGAAUAUAUACAUCAAAGGAGUAAUGACUCUAUAGUCAUUUUCAUUCAUGUUAUACAGUUGGAGAUUUUUAUUGCUUUGACAAAAUGAAGAUCUGUAGAGAAGCCAUUUUUCAGUCCUUGGUAGCCAUGAAAAAGGUAAAGCUAGUUUUCAAGGCAAUAAAUG